UGCAAUUGGAGUUUUCAUUUUACUUCAUGUUUGUUUUCCGAGAAAAAAAAGAGCCCAACCCUGGUUUUGAUAUAUGGGGCAUCAGUUAAGCUGAGUGUAAAGAAAAUGGAUCAACGGAUGAAGUUUUACACUUGUUCUGGAGUUCCUUUUGAGGUCUCGUAGAUUCAUUGAGUUUAGAUGAUAAGUGGCCGCAGCUUGUAGAAGCUGCAGUUGAGGAUGUUGAUAAAUUUCUGGCUGAUAUUCUAUCACUCUUACGAUGAAAAGUCUUUUCCUUUCAGUAUCUUACAUUUCAUGCUACAGUUUAGCAGUAAACCAUAUAUGCAAGCUAGUGAUCAAGCCUAUGUCAAUACUGUAAAUACCUCUAUCUGGAGGUUUCUAGAACUGCAUUGACAAAUUGUUGAUUGUCAUCUGGUACAACUGCAAGAAUGGAAAGAUAUAAAAUUUCCGAGGAGCUUGGAGAUGGUACCUGUGGUAGUGUGUUCAAAGCCUUCAAUAUAGAAACAUUUGAGAUUGUUGCUGUGAAGAAAAUGAAACGAAAGUUCUACUUUUGGGAAGAGUGUAUGAAUCUAAGAGAAGUUAAGGCCCUUCGUAAACUAAAUCACCCUAAUAUUGUAAAGCUAAAGGAGGUUGUCAGAGAAAACAAUGAACUAUUCUUCAUUUUUGAGUACAUGGAACAUAAUCUUUACCAAAUCAUGAGGGAGCGACAAAGCCCUUUCUCUGAAUGGGAGAUACGUAGCUUCAUGUCUCAGAUGCUGCAAGGACUUGCUCACAUGCACAGAAACGGAUAUUUUCAUCGAGAUCUGAAACCUGAAAACUUGCUGGUGACAAAGGAUGUUCUGAAAGUUGCUGAUUUUGGACUGGCGAGAGAAGUAUCAUCAAUGCCUCCUUAUACGGAAUAUGUUUCUACUCGAUGGUACCGUGCUCCAGAAGUUUUGUUGCAGUCUUCCACCUACACUCCUGCUAUUGAUAUGUGGGCUGUUGGUGCUAUAUUAGCAGAGCUUUUUACUUCAUCUCCUAUUUUUCCCGGGGAAAGUGAAAUAGAUCAACUGUACAAGGUAUGCUGUGUUUUGGGUGCACCGGAUUGGACUUCUUUUCCCGAAGCAACAAACAUCACUCGUUUAAUCAAUAUUAGUUAUUCAGAGAUUUUACCUACCAACCUGUCGGAUAUCAUUCCCAGUGCUAGCCCUGAGGCUAUUGAUUUAAUUAUGCAACUUUGUUUGUGGGACCCGUUAAGGAGGCCAACUGCAGAUCAGGCAUUGCAGCAUCCCUUUUUUAAUGGGGAUGCUCGUGUUCCACGUCCACUGCUGCACGAUCCACUUGAGCUGAGUUUAAACAUGGGGUCAAAGCCAAAUCUUGAGUUGAAUCUAUGGGAUUUUGACACACAACCUGAUGAUUGUUUUCUGGGCCUGACAUUAGCUGUAAAACCUAGUGUUUCAAAACUAGAGGCGGUCCAUAAUGUCUCUCAACGUAUGGAAGAGGAGAUACUGUUUUGUCCUAGUCUGAAUGAUCAUCCAGAGCAAUCAGUUUUUUGGUCAUUGCUUACUCCUGAUCAAAAUAGAAUUCGCACACCAGUUGAAUCCUCCUUCUCUCUCUCAUUCAGUUCAAUUCAGCAUCCACCGAUUGGAGUCCCACAAUCCACUGGGUUCGCAAUAGCAUCAUUGCAGCCUAACCUCCCUGUUGGUCAAAACUAUUGGGUGUGGCCUCCCCCUUCUGGCAAGGUUAUCCCCUGAUUGAGUGUGUUGGAUAGCCUAAUAAGGGCCUGUAGAGGAAUUUGUAAUUUAUUUCAUUUCCCUUUGUAAAGCCAGGAUCCAUUUAGUACCCCCCAUAGCUUUCUAUUGUAGUCGAAUCUAUAAGCUUUCGCCAUUAUUCGUCCGCAAAAUCGUUGUCCCAAGAAAGUUCCCGGGCAGUUUUUCAGAUUUCAUCACUCAGUUAGGAAAUUUCACCUUUACAGUAAACGUUGGCUGGAAUACGCAUCUUGGUUAAUACAUCUUCCAUACAAAUCUCUCCUCACUGCGUGCGGUGUGCCGAUGAUGUGCAGGUAAUGAAAAAUGUCUGAUUCUCAACCCAAUACAAAGUUAGUUAUAAUGAGCAGUCUUCAUCUCCAUGUAUUUCAUUUCCAUAUCAUCGACCAUUGAUGAAUUUUUAUCGAGUUGAACCUAAUAAUAUUUGUACA